AUGGACGGCCUCAAUCCGUCCCAAAUCGAAGCCGUCACCCAACCCCAAAUCGGCGUCACGCGGGUAUUGGCCGGUCCUGGGUCGGGCAAAACAAAAGUGUUGACGUGUCGGAUUGCGUAUUUGCUGGAAGAAGAUCGGUUCCAAAAAGUGCUGGCCGUGACCUUUACCAAAAAGGCGUCGGGGGAAAUGCGACAACGGUUGGAAAAACUCUUGGAAUUACGACAAGGUGUCGAAGAUGAAAUGCAAAGAGGAAUGCCAGCAGGGCCAGAAAGCAUCAUGGAAGAACUAUCUGAAGGGACCGAAGCAAAUGGUGGACAACCACGAGGAUUGGAACGAGUAACCCUGGGUACCUUUCAUUCGGUCUGUGCCAAGAUUUUGCGAUUCAAUGGUCACCUUUUGGCGUCCUUGCCAUUGAUUCGCAAUGACAUGCCCAAUCCAGAACUUCCCAUCAAUUUGGACAGUAGUUUUGUCAUUAUGGAUCAGAGUGAUCAAUUGCGUAUCCUAAAGGAGUGUUUGGACGAGGCAGAAAUCGAUCUCAAAAAGGCUGGCAUGAAACCAUUGGUCAUUCUAAAUGCGAUUGGGUCCAUCAAGGAGAGUCUGUCGCAAGGGAUCGAUCCCUUUAAUUCCAAUGACAAACGCAAACCUGUAUCCAAGGCGAUUCGGUUGGCCAAGGGUGUAUAUCCAAUCUAUCGCGAAAAACUCUUUUCCAACAAUGCCGUGGACUUUGACGAUUUGAUUUUUCUGACGCGGGAAUUGCUGGAUGAACACAAGGAUGUUCGAGAACGCUUGCACAAGCGUUGGGGACACAUUUUGGUGGACGAAUUUCAAGAUACCUCGCGGAGUCAAAUGGAUCUGGUCAAACUGUUGACAUCGUCGAGUUUGUUUGUGGUGGGAGAUUCCGAUCAAUCCAUCUACUCUUGGAGAGGAGCACAUGCAGGGAGUAUGUCAGAUUUCGCAGAAGAAUUUCAAACUCAUGGUGGCAAGGGGGUAGUGAGUGUCUACUUGAAGGAGAAUUAUCGAUCCACCUCCAAUAUUGUACGGGCGGCAGAAAAAGUUAUUUCCAUGGAGUUCAAGGGUUCGGCCGAAUCUCGACGUUCCAUGAAACCCAAGCGAGGGUCGGGGCCAUCACCUCGAGUUGUUGCUUGCAAAGAUGAAAGAGCAGAAGCAAGCUUUGUUAUCGACAACAUUUCGGAAAUGCUAAUCAACGGAGAUCUGCAACCACAAGAGACCGCAGCCAUCAUUUAUCGAACCAAUGCUCAGUCGCGGUACUUGGAAGAAGCCUGUGUCCAAAAGAAUCUCCCAUAUGUCAUUCGGGGUGGCGGUGCAUCCUUUUACAAACGAGCAGAGGUGAAAGAUUGUCUCUGUUUCUUGAGGUGGCUACACAAUGGAAAUGAUGAAGUAUCGAUGAUCCGCGCCAUGAAGACACCCAGCCGGGGGAUUGGAGACGUGGCAAUUCGAGAAUUUCGGACGUAUAUGGAGGAGGUUAACUUAUAUUACCAGCAACACCACCCAACGAAAAAACGACCGACGCCGUUGGAACUUUUGGUUGCCAUGACGGAUGCUGAGAGUAGUGAUUCCGAACCAAUUCUGGCACCGGGUGCUCCGGAAGCCUCCGCCUCAAUACCAAAGAGAGCGCUCAACAAAUUCUUGCCAUUUUCAAAACAAAUGAGAAAAAUCCGAGAGAAAGCAUCGACGGUUACUAUUGACGCUCUUUUAUUCUUUAUCAUCGAAGAGCUUGACUUGAUCAAUCACUUUGACACAAUUUCAAAGUCCAAGACAGAAUUCGAAGAUCGUCGAGCCAAUGUACAGGAGCUCCGGCAAGCUGCCAAACGGUAUUCCAAGAACGGUCACGCUUUCAAAAUGGCCAGUACCGGAGAAGAUGACUUUUCGGAAACGAUUCUCAGCACAUUUCUCGACGACGUUGCACUGGUUGCAGACAUUACUGAUGCGGAAGAAGCUUCCACCAAUGCGGAAAAGAGAUUUGUUGUGAACCUAAUGACAAUCCAUGGUUCCAAGGGUAUGGAAUUUGAUGCUGUCUUUGUGGUCGGAAAUGAAGAAGGCACUCUGCCCAGUGGUUUGUCGAUUCAAGAAGGAGAAGGUUCAGUGGCCUUGGAAGAGGAGAGACGACUGUGCUAUGUUGCCAUGACGCGAGCAAAGACUCGAUUGCUCAUGACAUGGAGAAAGGAAGUUACCAACUUUUCUAAUUGGUCUGAUGAUGGUCCCAAGACUGUCAAGAAAGAUCGCAGCCGAUUUCUCAAUGCCUUGGUGGGCAGGAAAGGGGCGCCAAAGUCAGGCUCAACAAAGAGCAGCUCUUUGGAAAGCACAGACAACAUGCUUCACCAGCAACGACGAGGUACGGCACCGUCACCACAAUUUCAAAAACGCCAAAUUUCCUCCCAACCAAAGCGCUCGGUGACACCACCAACGCGAACAGCGGCCCACCGCCCACGACCCGUAACCGCCUCCUCCCGGCGAUCCUAUCUCAACCCUGGAAGUAUUGGAAGGAAUGAAACUCCAAAAAGAGAGCCUGGAGUACGGUACGAGACUAGACGACCAGUGACUGGUGGUUCAACUACUAGUGCAAGGCAGCAACCGCCGCCACAAGCAAGGGUCCAGCGACCAACACCACCAAGCAGACCUGCACCUGAGAGACCAACUCCAGUCACUCCACCUAGGCUCCGCAAACGGGCGCCGGAUCUAGAAGAAGCUCGACGGAAGCACCAGCAGGCUGCUGCGAAAAUCACACCACCAUCUUCACCAUCGAAACAAUCGGCUCCACCACCAGCAAAGACGAAAGAACAAAUGGAUUCCACUUGGUUCUUUCCCGUUGGUUCGGAUGUUGUGCACGAUGGUUUUGGUAAGGGAACCGUCCUGCCUCCACCACCUCCGAAUGAUACCACCGACUUGCCAGUCCUGAUACGGUUCCAAAAUGGCAAGGAAAUGGAGUUUUGUGCCAAGGGGAGAGAAAUUAUUCCAGAUCUAGGAUUAUCAUAA